UUCUGGACUGUCAGCAGAGUGAAGUCAACAAUAUGCUGCAGAGCAGAGACUGUACAUCAACACAACGUUUGAUCCCCGAGCGGCUCAGAGAGGCGUCAGCGCGCAGCCUGUGGAUGAGAGCGCGCUGCUGUUAAGAAGUAGAGAGUUCAGUUUGGGUGGAGGCGAGCAGGGACAUACGGAGAGGAGCUUUACACGGACUUUAAACGCUUUUGGUCGCUCUGCUGCCUGAGACCAGGUUGAUGCUUGCAGGACAGUGACCUGCAAUCAGGGAUGAAGUGACAGAGGUCGUGGAUGAGCUGCUGCUCCGGCGCACAGACACGCACUGAUCGGGCUGGUUCGACCCGAGGGUUCCGGUGAAGACUGAAACAAACAUGAAGUCCACAAGCCAGGACCAGAGUUUGUCUGACUCCAGAGAGCUGGACAGAUCUUACGACCCUCUCACAGGUAAUCCACCAUACAAACCUCAUAAAAAGAGCAUAAAGCAACGCUUCCUCAAACUGAUCCCCUGCUACCGCUCCAGCUCCAGCUCUUCAGUUAAUGAAAAAAGUUUGACGGAUGAUAGUGAGCUGGCGACUUUGAGUUACAGACCGGAGGGCAUCGACCGUCUUGUGCAGCAGACCAGCUUCAACAGGAAAGAGCUGCAGGUCCUCUACCGGGGAUUCAAGAACGAGUGUCCCAGCGGUGUGGUGAAUGAGGAGACUUUUAAACACAUCUACUCACAGUUCUUCCCUCAUGGAGAUUCAAGUAUGUACGCACACUUCCUGUUUGAGGCUUUUGACACUCACAACAACGGGUCGGUCAACUUCGAGGACUUUGUUUUGAGUCUGUCCAUCAUCCUGAGAGGCUCUGUCACUGAUAAACUGAACUGGGCCUUUAAUCUGUAUGACCUGAACAAAGACGGCUGCAUCACCAGAGAGGAGAUGACAGAUAUCAUGCACUCCAUCUACGACAUGAUGGGGAAGUAUACCUACCCCAACAUGAGGGAUAGUGCUCCUAAGGAUCAUGUUGACAACUUCUUUCAGAAAAUGGACAAGAACAAGGAUGGAGUGGUCACCAUCGAGGAGUUCUUGGAGACAUGUCAGAAGGAUGAAAACAUCAUGCAGUCCAUGUACAUGUUUGAUAACGUCAUCUAAGACUUUGGUGGACACAGGUUCUAGAUUUCUCCUUCUGCCUGGAGCUCUUCUGCAGUUUUCAGCCCCAAACCAGAAUGGACUGUGUGAGCAUGGUGCAAAAACUUCAAGAUUUGGGUCCCUAAAACCACCUUUUCUUGUCCUUUUCAAUUAAGGUUUGUAGUCUGUGAAUAACCAGGGGGGAGUAGUGUUUGGUAUUGUAUCAGGAUUGAAUAACAGAGCAGUUUGAAGCCACGUAUUUAUAGAGAAGCAGCUCUUUAACACUGUUGAUAAUAAAACAGCAGAUCAAAAGGAGAGACAGCUGACUGUUGGAGCCUCUCAAUGCCUCUAAAGGAAAACUUUAACCAUCAUAUUUUUCUGUAAUGCAUGAAUAAAUGUGCAGACACAUGGAAGAGAAACAGACUCACACACUUUCUGUACUCACAGUUAUUCUACAGUGAAGAGACAGCUCUAUGAGAGAGAGGAGGUUUGAAGUGAAGCAAUAAUAUAACAGUCACAGAUUAAACUCUUCUCUGUCCUCUCCUGUUUACUAUAACACUUUGUGUCUGCAUGAUGUGUCCGUUCUGAAUGGACUUCAAAUGUGAAAUGUAAGUCUUCAUAGAUUUUAUAUAUGGACAUGAAAACAAUGAAGAUGAAUAUGAAUAAAACUACAAAGUUGCUAUGCAUUUUUAUUACUUUAUUACUGACCAGCAGGAGCGUCACCUGGUGUCACAGUCCUCUCAGACAUCUUGAUUUAGAUUUUACAGCCUUUGUUUAAGAUAUUUUAUUAUGUGUAAAUAUUAAAAUACUGCUCUGCAUCCUGCUGGAUGUCACAACUGGGCAGAGUUUCCUUUAUUUUAUUAGUGUUGCUCACUCAAACCAUUUCUCCAUCUGUUUCUCAGUCUGGCGUCUUGCUGUCAUGGUUUUGUCACAGCAGGUGACCUGGUUGAUACCAGUGUCAGCUGUCUGUUGCCAGCAUUUAGCUGAUUUGAGACAAAAGAAGAUACUAUAAUUGUGCAAAAGAUAGCCACCAAAAUAAACAGUGAGAGAUGGGAGUACAAAAUAUGUCGUUUGUUAUGUAAAUCCAUCAUUUGAAUGUCUAUCAGUGUUCAGAGAAAGUGUGGGGAACUGGAUGAAGAGUGUGGAGGAUGAAAGAAAACGGGAGAACUGUUUGACUUCACCGUGAGCAAAAGAAAAAGAAAAGACAAAAUAACAACUAAAAAGAAAAUUGUAAGCAGGAGAAAACAGAGAAAAAAGUGCAGACAAAUCUAGAAAUGGAAAAAUAAUCAUUGACAAGCUGCAGUGUCUCAGAAAAUCCAACCAAAAUAAGUCAAACAAAGUAGUUUCUGUGGUUGGAAGUGUGAUACAGUUCUCAUUGACUCUUUAGAAGAGAACAUUUGAAGGAACAUUUUUAAUCUGCUGCUGCCACUUUGAUGAAUGUUUUCAUUUAAAGCUCCGGUGAGGAACUUUCAUUUUGUGUUGGCUUUGGCGCCCCCUGAGGAAAAACUGAUAACUCUUAUAUCUUUGCUGAUUUUUGCCUGCUUAUGUUUAAGUUCUGGGUUUUGACACCAAAACUCAUCCUGUUUUAUUUUUAUAUUCCAUGGAAAGAGGAAAAAGAGAGUUAUUUACCAUGCUGUAAAAUUCCACGCAGUAGUUCCAGGCAUUAAAAUAAAGCAUAG